AUGGUUCAGUCGCCCAUGAUCUCGUGUCCGCUGAAGCAGACCAACGAAAUCGAUUGGAUUCGACCCCUGAAGGACUACAUUCGUCAAAGUUAUGGUGAAGAUCCCGAUCGCUACAGUCAAGAAUGUGCCACUCUCAACCGCUUGCGCCAGGACAUGAGGGGCGCGGGGAAAGACAGUGCGACGGGUCGCGACUUACUGUAUCGCUACUAUGGUCAACUGGAGCUGCUGGACUUGCGCUUCCCAGUGGAUGAGAACCAUAUUAAGAUAUCGUUUACCUGGUACGACGCUUUCACUCAUAAACCCACUUCCCAGUACUCUCUCGCCUAUGAAAAAGCCUCCAUCAUCUUCAACAUCUCUGCCGUGCUCUCUUGUCAUGCGGCCAACCAGAAUCGCGCCGAGGACGCAGGUCUCAAGACUGCCUAUCAUUCCUUCCAGGCCUCUGCUGGCAUGUUCACCUAUAUCAACGAGAAUUUUCUCCAUGCGCCCUCGACCGAUCUGAACCGGGAGACGGUCAAGGCUUUGAUUCACAUUACUCUCGCGCAGAGUCAGGAAGUAUUCUUGGAGAAACAGAUUGCGGACAACAAGAAGGCUGGGCUGCUGGCGAAACUGGCCAGCCAGUCGGCCUACCUCUACUCUCAGGCCGCCGAGGCAAUCCAGGAGUUUUGCAAGGGGAUCUUUGACAAAGUGUGGUCAAUCGUUGUUCAGACCAAAGCGGCUCAUAUGGCCUCCGUCGCAUCGUACUACCAAGCCCUCGCGGACAGUGAAAGUGGGUCUCAUGGUGUGGCCAUCGCUCGACUGCAAUUUGCGGAAAAGAACUCGGCAGCAGCGAUGGGAUGGGCCAAGUCAUUCCCGUCAUCAGUUUCGCCAAACACAAACCUUAGCUCAGAAUCAGGCACAAAUCUGCUUGACGUUGUAAAGUUUCACCUAGCUAAUGUACAGGCCAAGCUUGCGGUAUUCAAGAAGGACAAUGAUUUCAUCUACCACCAACCCGUUCCCAGCGAAGCAGGCCUGUCUGCUGUCGCCAAAUUACCAGCGGCAAAGGCAAUUCCAGUCAGCGAACUCUACCAGGGCCAGGACAUUCAACGGAUCAUCGGCCCGGAUAUCUUCCAGAAAUUAGUUCCCAUGUCCGUCACCGAGACAGCUAGUCUCUACGACGAAGAAAAGGCCAAGCUUAUCCGAGCCGAGACCGAAAAGGUCGAAAUGGCCAACGGGGAAAUGGCUGCCAGUCUGGAUUAUCUCAAACUUCCCGGAAGCCUUAAUAUUCUCAAAGGCGGGAUGGAUCAAGAAAUGGAGGUCGAUGAAGAGUUCAGAAGAUGGUGCCAGGAACUUGCUGGUCAUCAGCCAUUCAUCAAAGCGCUUGAUGAUUUGCAGGACCGCAAAUCGGAGAUCCUUGGACAACUGGACCAGUGCUCUAAGAAGCUCGACUUGGAAGAAAGCGUGUGUGAGAAGAUGCGCUCCAAAUACGGCGCCGAUUGGAGUCAGCAGCCGAGUGCAAGGCUCAAUACUACCCUUCGUGGAGACAUUCGGACAUACCGCGACACUAUCAACGAGGCUAGCGCAAGCGACGCCCAGCUGCUGUCUACACUACGGCAGUAUGAGGCUGAUUUCGACGAAAUGCGUUCUGCAGGAGAAACCGAUGAAGCUGACGUCCUCUUCCAGCGUGCCAUGAUCAAAGCUGGGUCGAAACACGGCAAGGGAAAGAAUGGUCUAGGAAGUCCCUACGCCUCCACGCCGGAGGGGAAUCUGCUAGAUGAUGUUUACGACGAAGGCAGCCCCUCUGUGUCGGAACAGAUCGCCCGGGUCGAAGCCAUCUUGAAGAAGCUGAACCUAGUCAAGAGGGAGCGAUCCCAAGUUCUGAAGGAUUUGAAGGAGAAGGUUCACAACGAUGACAUAUCUAACGUCCUGAUUCUCAACAAGAAAUCGAUCACUGGGCAAGAGAGCCAGCUCUUUGAGGCCGAACUGGAGAAAUUCCGUCCGCAUCAGAAUCGGUUGCUUCAGGCCAACCAUAAACAAGCCUCCCUCAUGAAAGAGCUGACCAAGAUCUACGGGGAUCUGCUCCAAGAUAAGCGAGUGAGAUCUGAGCAGUCGAAGUACGAAGCCAUCACACGUCAACGCAAUACGGUCAUGACACGAUACAAGAAAGUGUAUGACGCUUUCAAUGGUCUGCUUUCGGGAACAGUUCAAGCCCAGACUUUCUACACUGAGAUGGCCGAGACGGUGGAGAAUCUAAAGAAAAACGUCGAAGCGUUUAUUAACAACCGUCGAUCUGAAGGAGCUCAGCUACUUGGGCAGAUCGAACGCGAGCGAUCGAACAGUGCCACAGAGCAGGAAGAUCGCGAGCGGGAGAAAUUGCGGCAGUUGAUGGAACGCCUGUCGACCGAGCCCAAGACCACCACACCUGCACCGCCUUCAGCAGGGGCAAUGGCCCCCCCACUCCCGUCCAAGGCUAAGUCGCCGCCUCCAGCGGUGCAGACGCCUGCUUACAACCCAUCUCUCGCCUCGCCGAAGAACUCACCAGCAUUUCCUCCCGGGCAACAGCAUGGUGUUCCUUUGUCCCAUUCUCCAGCUCCCUAUGGACAGUACAUGCCCCAUGGUGCCACUGGUAUGCCUUACCAUCCCGGGCAACCAUACCAGCAAGGAGCAGCAGCACCUUUGUCGGAGGGUUAUAAUCCCAUGGCCUAUCCUGUUCCACCGGCCGCUUCGCCGCCUCCAGCCCAGCAAUUCUACUCCUCUACCCCUACCCCAUUCAGCAGCUACAGCGGGCCCACUCCUCCUGCAGCACCGUCUGCUUUCUUACCACAGGGCUACGUCCCGCCACCUCCGCCACCUCGACCUCAGCAGACAAACUACCCUUCGAGUUCCGGCCCCUUUCCAUCCGGCCCUGGCGGCUACGCUCAAAGCCGGCCAUACGGCGCAAGUCAACAUCACAAGGCUCAGUCGCAGUCGUCACAGUCACAGGGACAAUCAGGCUCAUCGACUGACCCCUGGGCCGGACUCAACGCCUGGAAAUAA